UAUAAUUCAACGCCAUCUGCUAGCUAAAACCCUGACACACCGUCUGCGUCACAACAAAAGACUGUUUGUAGUGCGCUCUUCAUCUUGUGCGAUUUGACUGGAGGAGUCGAGUCGGGUAUUGUGUAAGAUCCUCUGCAAGCUACAGAGAACCCCCGUUAGCGUUGGGCUGUGAUAUACUCUGAAGCACACAAGGCAGCGAGGUUUUCCUCAGUAAUUUGCAGAGCUAUACACCCAGGCUGCUGUGCAAUCACCGGCAGAAGCAGGUCCGACCAGCGCUCAACUGCGGGCGAGUAUUAAUAAUACGAGCGGAGUUAGAAAUGAAACUCUGAAAUAGGAGCAGGUGGACUAUUGAGGAAUCUGUCGAGUCCCUGGCGCUGUGGUUCCACGUUCGGAUUUUCGUUGAUAACCCUUCCUGUGGCAAUGGCGAAGUGCGCCGAGGUGAAGAUAGCGGUCUUUGGCAGAGCUGGAGUAGGAAAAUCAGCUCUAGUGGUGAGGUUUUUGACCAAACGCUUUAUCUGGGAAUACGACCCAACACUUGAGUCAACCUAUCGGCAUCAAGCGAAUAUCGAUGAUGAUGUUGUUACCAUGGAGAUACUUGACACAGCUGGUCCGGAAGAUCUUCUACAGAGGGAAGGUCACAUGAGAUGGGGUGAGGGCUUUGUCAUCGUCUAUGACAUCACAGACCGGGGCAGCUUCGACGAGGUCGUGCCUCUGAAGAACUUCCUGGAUGAGAUCAAGAAGCCCAAGAAUGUGACGCUGAUCUUGGUGGGCAACAAGGCUGACCUUGAGCACUCCCGCCAGGUUAGCACCGAGGAGGGCGAGAAGCUGGCCACCGAGCUGGCCUGUGCCUUCUACGAGUGCUCGGCCUGUACGGGGGACGGCAGCAUCCAUGAAGCCUUCCACGAGCUCUGCAGGGAGGUGCGGAGACGCAAGAUGGUUCAGGGGAAGACCCGGAGACGGAGCUCCACCACUCACGUCAAGCAGGCCAUCAACAAAAUGCUGACCAAAAUGAGCAGUUAAACAACCAGUAAAUACAUAAAUAAGACUGCCAGCUGAAUUCAAAUAGAAGUACAAGCCAAGACUUUGCCAUCCAUGCUUCUUAGUGACAUUGGUCGCCCUAUUGUUCUGGUGUGAAGAUGACCCGUGCAUAUUUUAACUGAAUGCAGAUACAGCAUGAUAUACAGUAUGCUUGGUACCUCAUAAUUUCUUGUGCUAUAGGUCAGACUUUGGCCACGUAUUGUAGUAAUAGUAAACACUUUUUUUUCUUUA